AUGUCUAGACCCUUUCAAACAAUCAACAUCAUAUACUCUACCAAAUCCCUCAACCUUGUCGAUUUCUACACCCUCGAGCCACUUUACAAAGUCAAAGUAGACCGUCAUGUACCCCAGAUAGAAUCGCGACGAGUUCAAGCUGGCCCUGAUUCGUACAACGAUGAAGCCCUCCUAGACGACCAUCGGCCCUGGAAAGACAACGUCUGCACCGCAACUUUCAAACUGACAUCCCUAAACGUGUGUCUAUCAAUCCACGAGCAUACGGACAUUGAAUUCAAGCGCGAUCACAUACUUUCCUCUCAGUACACUUUCUCUUCCCCGUUUCUCAACUCGACAACUCUCAUGUGGAAAGCAGACGGUGUUUUCUCCGGGAAUUUUCUUCUAACGGAUGAUACGAAGGGGACAGUCCUAGCACGGUUCCGAAACCGACUUUUCAGCAAUACAGAAGUGGGCACGUUGGAAAUUGUGGAUGAGAUUGCGCCGGACCUGAAGGAUGAGGUGGUGAUUUCGGGAUUGGCGAUGUUGGUGAUGCUGCAAAGUCUGAAUUUGAGCGUGAUGAUUAUGGUUUGA